CUUUGUCGUAUUCUGUGGGAUCCAUAUUGAUCACAGUGUUUUCCGUUGAAUAAUAACAGCUCCAAAAUGGCUUCCAAUACGCAACAGAAACUGCAAUGUACGCACCAUAAUUCGUUAUUUAGAUCGGACGGAGGAAGUAGGCGGAGUUGAUACCGAAUAUCGAUGAAGCUUGAUUCAGGUGGCGUUUAGAGGCCUGAGUAAUAAGGCCUUAAACCUACUAAAUAGAAGAGAACGAAGGAGUCAAAACAGUUUCACUCGAUCUGCACUUUUCUGCUAAUCUGUUUGGUUAAUUGGGGUCUUUACAAACUGAGAAUUGCUCAGUUAUUGUGAAGCUGAUGAAUUUCAGAAGCUAAUCAUCUUACUUUCUCGAGCCAAUAUUCACUGCUACAACUAGAGCAGGAGGAAAACUUUUUUCAUUCAUAUUUGAUUUUGACUUAACAAGCAAGAAGAAUCUGGGAGAACAGUGAGAGAUUUCGCUUUGGUGUUACCUUUUCUGCAACAGGUUGUCACUCCUUUGUGCUUUUUUUCCUCAAAUACUUCAAAGGCUGUGUUAAUAUUUCGAGAAAUCUGAUGUUAAAAUAUCAGUAUUAAUCCAGUAUUGUUUGUGAGAACAUAUUUUGCAUUGAUUAUUUUUAAAAUGGGGAAAUUCCUGUCAAAGAUUUUUGGAAACAAAGAAAUGCGAAUUCUGAUGCUGGGCCUGGAUGCAGCUGGAAAGACUACGGUGCUAUACAAACUCAAACUGGGACAGCCUGUCAGUACAACUCCAACUGUAGGCUUUAAUGUGGAGACAGUGACUUACAAAAAUGUUCGGUUCAAUGUCUGGGAUGUAGGUGGUCAGGAUAAGAUCAGACCUCUUUGGAGGCACUAUUAUACAGGUACCCAGGGGUUGAUCUUUGUGGUGGACUGUGCUGACAGAGACCGCAUUAACGAAGCCAGACAAGAGCUAUAUCGCAUCAUAAAUGACAGAGAAAUGCGCAAUGCUAUUAUUCUAAUCUUUGCAAACAAGCAAGACCUGCCUAAUGCCAUGAAACCCAUUGAGCUCCAAGAGAAACUGGGCCUGAAUAGGAUUCAAGAUCGUAACUGGUAUGUUCAGCCUUCCUCAGCAACCACUGGAGAUGGACUGUAUGAAGGGCUAACCUGGCUAACAUCUAAUUACAAAACAUCUUGAGAACAAAGUUAAAACUUACAGAGAUGUUGCAUAUGAACUUUAUACCCGUUGCCUUCAAUUUGCAACAGAGUGGAACUGCUUCAAAGAAAAGUAUGCUUUUAACAAUAUAGGAGGAAUGGCUAGACCAUUAUAAGAGCAACUUGGCACUUGGUAAAGAUUUGCUUAUAGCAACAUUAUUAUCACAGUUAGCUUUUAUUAUAUGUGGCUUUGACUAUGUCAGAUUGAUUAAAAGUCAGAUUUUUAUUUUCACUGUUGAUCUAUUAGCAGAAUCUGUAUUGAUAUCUGGCAGUCCAGUUACAGUGUGUGUGCUACAUUUAAUGGAUAAUCUUUAAGAAUAAGUAUUAAAUUUACAUUAGACUGUUAGUGUUUAUAAAGAACUUCAAAAGUUUGCAAAAAGGCAACCAUAUACUGUGGUUGUUUUUAUUCUCCAAUGUUGCUGAACAUUUAAGCAUCAUAUGUGUUAAAAGUUUACUUAGAGUCAUAGAGUUCUAUAGUGUGGAGACAGACCCUUUGGUCCAACUCAUCCAUACUGACCAGAUAUCCU